CACGAAGCUGGCGAUCGAACAGGAGACAAAGAAGCAAGAUAAAGUAAUAGGUUAGCGGAAAAAUGACUGAUGUACCUGUUGUAGUCUCAACGGAGUGGCUUCACCAGAGAAUUUACACCGACCAGCACAGCAAAGAGAAACUACGAAUUCUUGAUGUAACUUGGUACUCUGAUAGGGAUGCCAUGCAAGAUUUCUCAAAGCGACACAUACUUGGUGCUGUGUACUUUAAUGCAUUUCAAGGAGUGGAGCUCUCCCCAGUCCAUCCCAGGAAACUUGCUGAUGCUGAAACAUUUCAGAUGAACGCCAGGGGGUCUGGGGUUGACAGUGAUAGUCAUGUGAUACUAUAUGAUGGUUGCGAAGGUAGAAAUGGAUUCUUUCUUGGUGGACGUGUUUGGAUCAUGUUUAAGUUAUAUGGACACGAUAAAGUGUCUGUUCUUGAUGGUGGACUUGAGAAGUGGAUCGCUGAUGGUUAUGAAGUUACAGACAUGUGUAUGAAGAUACGGGCAGGUAAUUUUGAAGCGAAGUCUUGUUCCAAGGAGUGGCUGAAUUCCUUUGAUGAUAUGCUGGAGAAAUUGUCAGAAAAAGAUGCACAACCAGUUUGCGAUUCUCGCCCAGCGUCUCUAUACAACGGAAACGCUGACGAUCCUAAAAGUGGCCAUUACCCUGGUGCUGUGAACAUUARCUCCAAAAUGAUCAUAUGCCCGGAGAAACGGUGUCUGAAAACCAUCGAAGAACUCAAGCAAGUUUUCAAAGAUGCAGGAUUGGAUUUGAAUAAACCCACCACAUUCAUGUGUAACUCUGGGAUGUCUUCAUGUUCCAUGGCAAUGGCGGCGUACAUGUGUGGAUGUCCCGAUAUCUCUAUCUACAUGGAAGGCUUUACCGAGUGGCGCCAAAAGGCAGAGCAAAACCACAUCGAAAAGAGCUAAGCCAGUGCUACAAUCGUGCUGCAAUUGUUCGUUAAGUAUCACUAUUGGUCCAAUUCAUUAACAGUAUCAACGAAAUCUUGAAAACAAAAACAACAAUUAAUCAAAGUUCAAAAAUGUAUAUAAUUUAUAUGAUAAACAGAAUAUUACAUGGUCGCUUUGACAUACGGAUUUUAUCUUCUCGUGUUGAAGGCUCUCAACAGACAAAAUCCGUAUCUCCGUGCACCCAUGUAAUAACCUAUAUAUUACGUAGAAUAUUUCACAAUCAAAAGCAGGUUGUAUUUAUACCAAAACACUUCUAGUUUGACAUUGACAGUUCUGCACUCAAUUUUUUUGUGUGAGUAUGCAUUCUCUCCUUCGUUUAAUUUUCUCGUGGGUCAAGUGUCACAAGUUAUGAUGACCUUUAUAAAAUAACUUUCAUAUUACGCGCGCUCUGAUUCGCCAAAAAGCCGUGUUUGAUGAGAGCAUAAUACACGCUCGCGUCAUUUUUUUUCUCG